AUUAUUUAUAUAUAAUGACGUUAUGUAUAUAACACAGCGUGACAUAAUUAAAUAAUGCGAGGCAAGCAUUUUAAAAACGUUUUACUGAGUCACGCCAGUCGAACCAAAGAAAAUUUCCCUCCGAAUUACAUUUUUCACUAAAAUAGCAUCUUUAAUAAUUUCUUUUGCCUAUAAAAGCGAGUUGUCAUUGUAAGUAAACCCAUACUGUAAUUUCGAAAGGCAAAGAAGCAUUAUAUCAACGCAAUAGACAUUACUGUAGACACAUUUUGAAACGAAAAAACAAAAUUUGCCAAGAUGCCAGAGCUCAAGGUGACAGGGAAACGUCCUCUCGAGGGCAAAAUCACAAUUUCCGGGGCGAAAAAUGCAGUUUUGCCGCAAAUGGCAGCGAGUUUAUUGACAAACGAAAAGGUUACUUUGACAAAUGUGCCUGACAUUACAGAUGUUGGGGACAUGAAACGCGUACUUGAGGCGUACGGGGUUAGGGUGAAUUGGAAUCGCAGAAAGAGUACUUUAGAACUACAAGCUGAAAAUCCAACUCAGCGCCUACCAGGAACAAAUGUGGGGAAGGCAAUUCGUGCAUCAUUUCUUGUGUUUGGCCCCUUGUUGGCAAGAAACCGCGAAGCCAACGUAUAUCGUCCAGGAGGAUGUAAAAUUCAAAAAGGCGGCAGAAAAGUUGAUUUCCAUAUAGAAGCGAUGGCUGAUAUGGGAGCCAAAAAGAUCAGAGAAGAUAGCCCAGAGACAGAAAAUGGCGUGAUCUCGAUGAAGGCUGUAAACGGCCUAAAGUCAAAGAUAAUUACGUUUAAGAAAAGUUCAGUUGGGGCAACAGAAACUGUUAUGAUGGCAGCCAGUCUAGUGGAAGGGAAAACUGUAAUAAGACACGCAGCAAUUGAACCAGAAAUUUGCGACCUUGCUGAGAUGUUGAGAAACAUGGGCGCAGAGAUUGAGAUUGAGGAAGACGUGAAAAUCAUUGAAGAGAUCACACAGUUUGGAAUAACAGAAGAGAUAGAAAAAUGGAAUGUGAUCAGGGUUGAAGGGCAAGAGUCUCUGACAGAGGUAACUCACAAAGUCAUGCCAGACAGGAUUGAGUUUGGAACAUACGCUAUAGCUGCUGCAAUGAACAAUGGUAAAAUUCAACUUGAGGUUGAAGACGAUAUGAAAGAAUCUAUGCUAAAAGCAAUACGCCAACCUCUUCUUGAUGCGGGAGUUAAGAUAGAUGAAGCAAAUAGUGAUAUUGUGGAAGUAUCCCUCAAGAAUAACGUUAUUACUCCGGUGGAUGUCCAAACGGGUCCAUACCCAGCAUUUCCCACCGACCUUCUACCCCAGUGGGUCACAUUCAUGACACAAGCUCAAGCUACAGAUAUCAAAGCACACACCAUCAUGCGUGACACAAUCUUCCACGAUCGUUUCAAAUUUGUGAAGGGUUUGAAGGAGAUGAAAGCAAAAAUUGACGAGAUCAAAGAAUAUCAAAUGGAGUCAAAUGAAGAAAUUAAAAAGCAUCGCAUACAUGCAGGUUCAGCGCUGUCUGGAGCUCGCGUCCAGGCUACUGAUUUGCGCGGUGGAGCUGCGCUGGUUCUUGCUGCCUUGGUUGCCAGAGGCUCAACUGUUGUAGAACAGUUUGAGAACGUCAAUCGUGGUUAUGAAGAUAUGGUCGGAAAAUUGAAUGCAUGUGGUGCCAAGUUGGAGAUAAGCCUUCCUCAGAGCCGUCCUGGUCACGAUGGUGGACCUUUCUAACUACUUUUUGAACACUUCCUAUGACUUGCAUGCCAAUUACCUUUUAACAAUAUAAUUUUUGUUCUUCGUCUUAAUUUGUCGCACAUUUUAGCGUACCUUAGCACUAUCAUUUUAUUGUAAUUUUUCCAAAUUUCCUGGAAUAAAUUUUCAUUCAAUAAAGAAUUAUCACAGUCAGUUCCUAAA